CAUUGUGAUUUUGGGACUUGGGAGUAUGAAUCUCCUAAACUCGCCUCUAGUUUCCAUCGCAGCAGGCCUGUGCAACAAGCAUUUCAUUUAGUGGCGGAGUGGUGGAAGUGCGAAAUGGGUACUGGACGAUGGGCUUUUGUAAUGUUGCUAGUAGGGGUUUUCGUGCUUCAUGGGUUGGCUAUCCUCUUAUUCACCCAUGGCUUCCUCCUCACCCGCACCGAGCUUUCUCAAUACAGCCAGUGCUCUGAUGUCCACCGCUCUCCCUGCUUCCCACCCCCUUCUUCAUUUCUCAAUAAACACGAAGAAGAAGAAGAAGCGAAACAUUCUCUUCGUGUCAAUCAUGGAAGUAGAAGUUGUUGGACCCAGCAAUCCGUUGAUCGCCUUGUUAUCAUUGUUCUUGAUGCUCUCAGGUUUGACUUUGUUGCUCCCAGCACAUUUUUUCAAGAGAAAAAACCAUGGAUGGACAAGUUGCAGAUAUUGCAUAAGCUCGCCACUCGGCCAGGAACAUCUGCAAGGAUCUUCAAAGCUAUAGCAGAUCCACCUACCACCAGCUUGCAACGUCUAAAAGGAUUGACAACAGGUGGACUUCCUACUUUUAUUGAUGUGGGGAAUAGCUUUGGCGCUCCUGCAAUUAUUGAGGACAAUUUAAUAUACCAGAUGGUUCACAAUGAAAAACGAGUCUGGAUGAUGGGAGAUGACACUUGGUUGCAGUUGUUUCCUAAUCAUUUUAACACAUCAUAUCCGUUCCCUUCCUUCAAUGUCAAAGAUCUUCAUACAGUAGAUAAUGGCUGCACGGAGCACCUAUUUCCAUCUUUGUACAAAGAUGAUUGGGAUGUUCUUAUUGCACAUUUUCUUGGAGUGGAUCAUGCUGGUCAUAUAUCAGGUGUUGAUUCUACUGAAAUGAUAGAGAAGUUGGAACAAUAUAAUGGGAUUCUAGAGAACAUAGUGGAUGUGCUGGAGAGCCAGAGUGGGCCAGGAGGAUUACAUGAAAACACUUUGCUCCUUGUGAUGGGUGAUCAUGGGCAAACUCUCAAUGGCGACCAUGGUGGAGGGACUGCUGAAGAGGUUGAGACAUCACUUUUUGCCAUGAGUUUUAAGAAGCCUCGAUCUCCCUUGCCAUUGGAAUCUGGCACUUCAUUUUGCGAAGCUAACCUGGACGGAAAUAGGAUGUGCAUUAGCUCCAUCCAACAGCUUGAUUUUGCAGUUACAUUGUCAGCUCUUCUUGGCAUUCCCUAUCCAUUUGGAAGCAUUGGACAAGUUAACGCUGAACUCUAUGCCCUGGUAGCUGGCACUUGGGAUUUAGAAAAUUUUGGCAAUGGUAAUUCUCAAGAAAAACUGGAGAAGUGGAUGCAGAAUUAUGUCAAUGCACUUUGCAUCAAUGCAUGGCAGGUUAAGAAUUAUAUUGAUGUGUAUUCAGCAUCAUCACUAAUUGGUUUUUCAGAAAAAGAUUUGUCACAUGUUGUGGGCCUUUAUGAUCUUGCACAAGACAUGUGGUCACAUACCAAAGAUGCUUUUGCGCAACGUGAAAAUGGGAAUAGCUCUACAUCGUUACCUACACUGAAGAAGCAAAUCUAUGCUUUUUCCAACCUUUUGAAUAGUAUUUCCACUCUAGCCCGAUCAAAAUGGACAGAGUUUAAUUUAACAAUGAUGGGUGCUGGUUUUGUCAUGAUGUUGCUAUCUCUUCUUUUCCACGCCAUCAUCAUCAAGAAGUUGGACAGAAAAUGUGGAUUGCAUUUUUCUUAUUCUGGCAACUUUAGGAUAUCGUUGGAGGUUGCUUUUGCUUAUAUUACCAUCUUGAUCCGGGCAUUUAGUUUUCUUUCAAACAGUUUCAUUUUGGAAGAAGGCAAAGUGGCUUGCUUUCUUUUAGCAACAACCGGAGUUCUUCAGUUACGUCGAGCAAUAGCUGCAAAGAAGAUGCAAUCAGAAGCUCUGUUUUUUGUUAUCCUGGUCCCAUUCCUCAGAUUCGGAAUUGAACUAGGACAGUCAAAGCAGGCGGUCAAUUCUUUAUUUUUGAAAACUUUUCCUUCAUGGACCCUAGGAGUUGACAAAGCUUCUAAGUUCUGGAUUUAUGGAGCUGAUCUCUUUCCAAUACUCGCUCUUAUGCUUUUAGCAUUUAUAGUGUACCAAAGCAGCUCUCGGGGAACAUCAAAGUAUAUCGUUGCAGGAACUAUAUGCAGCUAUUGUCUUAUAGCCUUAAAUUGGACUAUCGAUCUGAACCCUUUUGAUUUAAGUGUGACAAUUGGCAGUUCUAAAGAAAAUUGGAUUCCCCGCACAGUAUAUCUUUUGGGAAUUUUACAAAUUCUAUUUUUGGCUACUGCACGAUGUUUGGGGAAACAAAUAACCUCAGAUUCUGAAAGAUGCCAAACCAGUGCAUUGUCAAUGUUAUUUGCUUGGAGUUCAAUAAUUAUCAUUCUGUCAGGAAAGCAAGGACCUUUGGUUGCUUUAGUAGCUGUUAUUGAAGUUGGUUUCAUAAUUUACUGGCUGUUAAUUUAAUGUUUCAUUGUAAUUAUGAGAGCCUUGGGGUUAUGCACUGAAAUAUUUUUUUAUAUAGGCUGGUGCAUUGUUAGGCUUACAAGAUUAGAACAGGGAGCAGUAGGUUCAACAUUAUUUUCUCCAGUAACUCAGUACUGCCUGUUAGCCGUGUGCCUCUUCUUCUGCACUGGUCACUGGUGUACAUUUGAUGGGCUUCGGUAUCCUGCUGCAUUUAUUGGAUUUGACGAAUUCAACCUUGUUCGUCAAGCUCUUCUUCUGACUAUUGAUACAUUUGGCUUUUGUCACAUUCUUCCAAUCAUUGGGCUCCCGUUUCUCGUGGCUUCCCCACCCCAUUUGGAGAAAAGUUCUCAGAGGAAGCAAUUAUUUUACAUGAGAUUAAUGCAAGUAUAUUUAAUGUAUGGACUUGCUAUGGCUACAACCACAACACUCACUAUCUUAUCUGUUACAAUACAGAGACGGCAUUUGAUGGUGUGGGGAUUAUUCGCUCCAAAAUUUGUUUUUGACGCGGUCGGUCUUCUUCUGACCGACUUCUUAAUAUGCCUCGCGUCUCUCUACUAUUUCUCUAACUGAUGUUUUGCGUAGAAUUCUACUCAAGUGACCCUUUGUCGUUUUUCAUGUCAUAAUAAGCCCUCACGGAAACGAUCGCUUUCCAUUUCUAAUGUAACAUCAUCUCUUAUGUUGUUAUUUUGGUAUUUGUUAGGUAAAAGACUUCUAUGAAGAAGAAACAUGGCCUAGAUUAACCUGCAAGUACACUUUUCUAUGCCUUAGAGUAUUUCAUGAUUAUCACUUCCAUUUUGCUUAGUAUGAAAUGAUUUUGGCAAGUACACUUGUUUGGAGCUGCAUAAGACUCAUUUGCAACUCAAGUGCAACUUUUGUUAUAACUAUUCACAAUUACAUAAAAAGAAAUUUUGUAAUUUACG